UCUCUUCACACACAGCCAGUAGACCACACUGAGAACUAGUUUCACUGCAGUGUUAGAGCCAUCGUAGACUAAAAGCUCCGGAACACUACAGAAAUACAGCACAGUAGCACAAAGGAUCACAUCUCAUCAUCUCCCACCAUGUGCCGAGAACUGGAAUCACUGCCUAUCACAUGUCUGGAGAGGGCAAAGGAACUCAAAGCUCUCUUUAGAAGCUUUCUACAGAAGCCAGAUCUGAGCAUCAUCAGUCACUCACACAAGACUGACAAAAUAAGGUUAAAUAUGGACGAGCCCUUAAAAUGGAGGCAGUCAUUUGAGAACCUGCUGUCCAACCAACAUGGACUGUGCUUGUUCAGAGCUUUCCUGGUGUCAGAGUUUAGUGAGGAGAACAUAGCUUUCUACCUGGCCUGUGAAGACUACAGGAUAACCAAGACCUCCUCAAAGCUAUCCGUUAAGGCUAAGAAGAUCUAUGAGGAGUUUGUCUGCAGUGACGCACCAAGAGAGGUCAACCUAGACCAUGAGACCAAAGCCAUCACCAAGAAGAACCUGGAGCGCCCCAGCCAGUCCUGUUUCAGCCUGGCCCAGGAGAAGAUCUACACCCUAAUGGAGAAAGACUGCUACCCUCGCUUCCUCAAGUCCAUCACCUACCUGGAGAUCAGUCGGCAGGUCAAAGCCGGUUAAGACCAGUUAAGGCUGAUUAAGACUGGUUAAUGCUGGUUGAUGCUGGUUAUGGUUGGUUAAGGCCCACUGCAAGUGGCGAAUGGGACACAUAGAAGAAGUCUAUAGGAAACAAGCUAAAAAGCACACACUGGAAACCAGGUAGCCUCACUAGGUUCCUCCUCAGUACUGGUUGGUCAGAAGUAUGGAGGGGCAACUGAAGAUGAAUACUGGACUGGAAGUCAGUCAGAAUCAAGACUGGAAAUCUUGUCCUGUGGCCUGGGAAAUAGCCUCGCUCAAUGUGAAGAUUGAGGCAUUGAGGUUUGCAAAAGGUGAACCUGUGUCUUGAAGUCAAGGACAAGAUGAUAAGAGGAUAAGAGGUUCCUGUUCACGGCAUUUGAGUAGAAAGAAUAAUGAGAUGGAAAAGGACUGCUUUGCACAAUCACUGAUGGAGAAGCUGUUAUCGUCUUGUAUUAUCCAAUACUUUAAUUUGUCUAUUUAUUUCUGUAUUUAUUAGCAUUUAUUUAUUCGUUUCUACUGUGCAACUGUUCCACUUAGAUUGUAAUAUUUAUGUAUAUAUAUUUAUGUAUUUUUUUCUUCACAGAAUUCCUUAUGUGACAAGAAAUUAUUUGAAAUAAAAUGUAACUAUAUGAAACAUAA